AUUGAAACUGAAAUGAAUACACUCUGAUAAUUAAAAAACAUAUAUAUAUAUAUAUAUAUUUGAUUAGCAAAUGGUCUUUUUUUCUGCACUUUGAAACAGACAAGAUAAACAUGAAUACUAGAAAAUAUUUAUUGGUGCAGAAAAAAAGAUUUCCUAAUAGUUGAGGAAGAAUACAGUGCUUGUACUAAUCUUUCUCCCCCUCUCUCUCUUUCUCUGUGUGUGUGUGUGUGUGUGUGUGUGCAUGUGUGUGUCUAUCUAUCUAAUUCUAUAUACAUGCAUCUAACUAUAUAUCUAAUUUGCUGGAAUUUAAUCUUUAAAUUUUUUAUUUUAAGCACAGCAUAUAAUCAAACACCCUUAGAAGGUCAUGACUAAAUUUUGACUAUUUUCCCAUGACUAAUAUAGCUUUCAGAUUCAGAGGCUCUAUACUUUUGAAUAAGAAAGAAAAUAUUACAAAGAUGAAAAAUGUAAAUUUACUUCUAAGCCAAUAGCCAGAGGUUAAAGUCAAAUUGAAAAAGAAAGAACAGGCCUCACCCCCCUUUAAAGCAUGUAGAAAGACUUCUGUGUUGAAAUCAGCACAAAUUCCUGGAAUACUACUCAAUGAAGGGAUAGUGUCUUAUCUCCUAUUUGCUUGCUGUGUGCCUUCUGAUUGCUCAUUUAUGAAUCAUAAAAAUGUUAUCUGUAAAGGCUGUAUAAGCUCUUUCAACACAUUUUGAAGGAUUAGUGUUGGUUUGUUUAUGGUUACAAUCUUUUAGAGAACACAAGAAGAAAGAAUCUCAAAGAUUGCAACUGAAUUGUUACUUUAAACAUUUUUUUUUUAAAAAGUGAAUUCUGAUUGUACUGCAUAUUGUGGACUAUUCAUCAAUAAGUCAAUAGGCUAGACUACAUUUUGAUGGAUGUUUUCAAUUUAGGGCCUAGAAAAAUUGGUGGUGGAGGCAUCUUUUUUCUUUUCUGUUUCAAUUCUUGAGUAGGCUAUCUAAUGAGAGAAGUGUCUCUCCUUUUCUCCACUAUGCAGGACCUCCACAGAGUGCAAGUCAAGUCACCAAUAUUAACUUUACCUGCUCAGUAUCAGAUGAGGUUCAAAAUCUGUUUUUUGUUGUAGGAUUUUUUUUUUCAGUUUUCAUUUUUUUUUUAAGUAUAGAGUAAUGAUUCUACCUUUUUUCUCUUAAGAUUUCAAGUAGCAUAGUGACAUAAAAACUAAUUAUCUAGAUACAUAUGAUAUUAAGGCUAAUAUCUCCCUUUCUAAUUUCACAGAAUGAGGAUACUAUUUUCUUAACUAGUAUUCAAUUUCUGAGUUUAAGGAAAUGACAUUAAUUUCCUGCAAGCUUCUCUUCUUUGUACAUGGUACUUACUUCAUUGAAAUUGUACACUGAUACAUUCUGUCAAAUUAUUUACUUGUUUUGUAGAAUCUGUGUAGAAUGGCUUAGUAAAAAAAUUGGUGAUGAAUUCUGUUGAGAAUAUGCUUUUGAUAUACAGAAUGUACUUUUAAAUAGAUGGAUACUACUGGCCUAAGUGUAUUCACAUAAAGAAAUAUCUGCUGUUGACCAACCAAAGAUUAUUGAUAAUUCUAGAUCCACACAUAAAACCAAGCAGUUCAAUUAACCAAAUAUUUAUUGAAUACUUAUUCUAUGUAAAACAUAAUAUUCACACAGUAUGAUACUGCAAGUUGAGUGAGGCAUAAUUCACAUGUCAAGAGAUGACAAUAUAAUGGGUUAGCACAGUGAGUUGCGCCUGAGAGUCAGGGAGGGAAAGAAUAUGGAACUUGUGUCAAACCUGGUUCUAAUCUAGAAAUUAAGCAAAUCGCUUAACCUGCCUUUUCUUUGGCAUCUGUUUCUGUAUUAUGAGAAUAAUUAAAAAUAUUGGUCUCUGAAGACUUUUUAAAAUUGAUAUAGACUACAUGUGUGCAUUUUAAAUGCUAGUCAGAGAUUUGCUCUGAAGCUCAAAUGAAGGAGAAACCAUGCGAAAGUGAGAAUUUUUGGAAGUCCUUUAGAAAGAGGUGAUGUUUGAAAUAUAGUUAUGAAGUACUGUAUAGUUAAGAUUUUAAGAGAUAGACAUGAAGGCAGAAAAGUAGCAAGUUAAGAGAACAACAUAAGGCAAGAAGUGAGAAAAAAGAGAAUGUACAAGAAUAGCUGGUAGAAUAGGGGUAGGAAAUUCUGAAGGAUUUUUAUAGUUUAUGUAGAUAAAAGCAAAGACUUGUUAGAUUCAGAAAAAAGCUUUGAGUAAGUAUAUUAGCCAGUGAACUUUUGGUUGCAGGUGGUUAACCUGACUCAUAAGGGGCUUAAGCAUGAAAGGAAUUUAUUGGUUCAUGCCAUCUAAAAAUCCCUAAGUAAUAUUGUAUGUGGGCAUCCCUUUGUAAAUUUGUCUCUGUUUUCUUCUGUGCUGGCUUUAUUCUCAGCCAUUGAACAGACACUGUCAUAGCCUAUUCCCAGCCAUGCAUACAGUUUUUUCUUACUAACCUAGUUUUUUUCAGACAUCCAUUCCUUCACAAGAAAAAGGAAGUUUCUGAUUAAUUUAAACCAAUUCUGGUGGCCCCAUUUCCCUUGCCAGAGAUUGUUUUAAGAAUGGGCUUGUGCUGCAAUUUUGGCAAGUUGAGCAGGAUACUGAGAACUGCUUGGAAGUUUUCUUCAGUCUAUACUUUCAAGAGAGAAGGGUUUUUGCUUCUCUAUGAUGUUAUAGGACAAUGUGAUUUCUGGGGCUGCUGUAGCCUUUUUUUUUUUCUUUCUAACCAAAAGGUAGAUAAAGUGAGGAAAAACAGAAGAAACAAAGGGAAAGAGAAAAUCAACAGAUACUCAAAGAAAUGUUGCUUAUAUGCCCCUGGAGAAUUAUUUUGCCUGUGGAUUUUACAUUAUGUAAGGGUUUUAUUUUUCUUUAUUUUAUAAGCUAAUUAUGCCAGGAGUUUCUGGUUCUCAUAAACAAAUGCAUCCUAAUGGAAACAUUCAGUUAGGAUGGAAUACCUAAGAGCAAAUCUUUUUCUUCUUAGUUCCAGUUAACGCUCUAGGAUAAAACAGCAACUCCUGUCACAUAUCUAUUUCUAAGCCAAUGUCUCUGGGUCUUGGCCUAUGCUAGCACUGCGGCUUGAGCAGCCCUCCACAACACAUUGUCCAGACUAAGAGUGAGAACCAAGAAAGCAGUAGCUGUUACCCAAGCAAAUGUGAAUGGAUUCUAGUCAGGCAAAAUCAACAGUUGUUUAUUACAGUAGGCUUCAAAACUGAGAAUAUUUAUCAAUAAGUAUUAUUAUGUUUGCCUACUAUAUGACAAGGGUUGCCUGUGUUAGUCCAUUUUGCAUUUCUAUAAAGGAAUACCUGAGGCUGGGUGCUUUAUAAAGAAAAGGGGAUUAUGUGGCUCAUGACUCUGCAGACUGUAUACAGGAAGCCUUACCCCAGCAUCUGCUUCUGGCGAGGGCCUCAGGAAGCUUCGGUUGUGGUAUAAAGGAAGAGGAGCCAGAUUAUCACGUGGUGAGAGAGGGAGCAAGAGAGAGGGGAGAAGUUGCCACGUUCUUUUAAAUAAUCAGCUCGCAUGUGAAUGAUCGUCCUAGCUCAUUAUCUAAAGCCAGUCCUACCACUUGUAUCUGGAAUUCCUUCCAAAGGACUUGAUUUUUUUCUAAAUCUUUCCUCCUCCUAGAUCAUCAGUAUAUGCUCAUCUACUGGAUUAUAAAUAUCAGCAUUUAUCAGCCUUUAAUAACACGCACUAAAAGCAAACCAAACCAAACAGCUUCCUUUAAACACAUUUCCUCUCUGGCUACCAGGCUAUUUCAUGACUCCUUCACACACACACACAAGCCUCACUGCCCACAUUUUCUCCCUGCCUCCACUUCCUUCCCUCUCAUUCUCUCAUCUCCAGUAGAGAUUUUGUCCACUACAGGGCUCUGGAAACCAAUCAGUGCAAAAUCCAAUAGCAAAUUCUCCAUUCUCACUUGACUUCACGUCUCAGUGGGGUUUGACAUGGUUGACCACUUCCUUCUUCUUGAAGAGCUAUCUGGGAUUCUGUGGAUUCUCUGAUUUUUCACUCAUUCUACUGGUUCUUUUUCCUUUAAGAGAUGCCUAAGUUCUAGAGUGUCCCAAGGCUCAGUCUUCAGUCCUCUUUUCUCAUAUAUCAGUACACAUCCUAUAGGUAACAUCAACACAUCUCUAGCCUAGAUUGUUCCCUUAUAUGCCAGACUCAUAUAUUCUACUGCUUACUUGAUAUCUUUUGUGGUUCUAACAGACAUCUUAAACUUAACAUAGCUGAAAAGAAGUCCUCCCUCCCAAAUCUGCUUUUAGUUUAUGUGAAACAAGCAAACACAAAUGGCCAUUCUUUGCUUUUCUCUCUCUCUUACUCCCGGAAAAUCCAGAAUUUCCAGAAUCUCACAGCUUCCUAUCAUGUCCUUUUGUAAAACACAUUCUGUCAUCUCUCACUACUGCCACAGGCUCUGACCUAUCUUCCCUGCUACUUUUUGUUCCCUUACAGCUGUUCUUCACAGAGCAGCCAGAAGAAUCUUCCUAAAGCAAUAAUCGGAUCCUGUUUCUCCUUGCUUAACAUUUUAUUAACUUUCUGAAACACUCAGAAUAUAAUCCAGACACUAUUGUAGUCAGCACUUCCCUUUCACUUCAGGGUCUGGAUUCAAUGGCACCCUUUCUCCUCCUUAAACAUGACAGGAAUAUUAUCAUCUUAAAACCAUUGCACUUCCUUUUCUUAGUUUGGAAUGCUUUCAUCUCAAAACUUUGCAUGGUUACCUCUUAAUGAUUCAGAUUGUUAGUCAAUGUCAGCUUGUCAAAGGGGCCUACCACUAUCACCCUAACUGUAAGACCCUACCCCAUGACUCCUCAAAUCAAUGUCUUAUUUUAUUUACCCUCUGACUUAUGAGUAAUGUAACACAAGUGAUCUUAUUUAUUAUUGCAUUUACCUAUUUAAUCUGUGCUUCCACCUGUAGAAUGCAAACUCCUUGAAGACAGGGAUUUUGUCUGUCUCAUUUACUGCUAUGUCUCUGGAGCCUAGAACAGUAGCCUGUUUUGUUGUUGUUGUCAGUACCCGGCAUAGUGACCAACACAUCAUAGUUGCUCAGCAAAUGCAUGUUAAAUAAAUGACUAACAUUCACACAUAGUAUUGAAAUAAUUGUUUUCAUUAUGAUUCGUAUUCAGGAAUACUGUUAACUGACUAAAAGCAGAAGCAAACGGACAAAGGCAACAAUAAGAAUAGCUACCAUGCAUGGGUUACUAACUAGGUGACAAGAAUUAUGCAAAAUACUUUUUUGUGAAAACUGCAUUUAACUUCACAACAAACCUAUGAGAUAAAGAUUGUUAUUGCCUAUUAAAAUUUUAUAAAUGAGGAAAGAAGCUUAGAGAAGUUCAGUAGCUUGCCCAAGUUCAUAUAGUUAGUGAAUGCCAAAGUAGGGGCUUGAAUUCAGCCCUGCAUGAAACCAAUGUAACUAUCCUACCCACUCUGCUGUGCCAGCUGUUUCAGGAAUGUAGCCAUUUCAUAGAACUAUAGAAUCCUAUGAUUUGAAGGGACCUGAGAUAGAUCUGAUCAUCACCUACACUCCAGCUGAAUGAUUGUUUAGCCUCUGAGAUUAUAUGUGUGUAUUAUUUCCACCCAUUGGUCUUAGUUUCACCCCUUUCUUUCAGAGACGUGGUUGUGCAUAGUAACUUAUUUCUUUUAACAUAUAUAGGUAUUUUUCAAUCAAGUGUCUGUAAAUGCUGGUGGCAUUUGGCAAUCUCAGUAAACUGUUAUAGUUCAAGAUCAUUCCAGAGACGAGGAGUGAGUAAAUAUUAACAACCCCCUCUGCUUGGUUGGAACUUGAAAGGACUUCAUAACAUCCGUGAGCAAGCUUUUGUCAAUCACAAUGUAGACCAGAUUAGUCUUAAAGUCCAAAGAAGAACCAAAGUUCACUUGAGUGUAGAAGUUUCUGCACAGUUCUCUUGGUUAUUGUUUGCAAGUUUAAGGAAAAGAAAAUGAUGAAGGAGAAAGAGAAGCCCAUUGCUAUUGUGAAGGUUAUAGACACUUCAAAGUUAAAACUGUUAUCUGGAAGUAUUUUGGAUGUGUAUAGUGGUGAACAAGGAAUUUCACCAGUUAACAUGGGGCUUACAAGUGCUUCCUGUCCAAGUAGUCUACCAAUGAAAAGAGAAAUUACAGAAACUGACACUAGAGCUUUAACAAAAGAGAGACAAAAAAAGGACAACCACAACCUCAUUGAAAGAAGAAGAAGGUAUAAUAUUAACUACCGAAUCAAGGAGCUUGGCACUCUUAUUCCAAAGUCUAAUGAUCCUGAUAUGCGCUGGAACAAAGGAACUAUUCUAAAAGCAUCAGUGGAGUACAUCAAGUGGCUACAAAAAGAACAACAGAGAGCCCGAGAAUUAGAACACAGACAGAAGAAAUUAGAGCAGGCUAACAGGCGACUUCUACUUCGGAUUCAGGAACUAGAAAUUCAGGCUCGUACUCAUGGUCUGCCAACCCUGGCUUCACUUGGCACAGUUGAUUUAGGUGCUCAUGUCACCAAACAGCAGAGCCAUCCUGAGCAGAACUCAGUAGACUAUUGCCAACAACUGACUGUAUCUCAGGGACGAAGCCUCGAGCUCUGUGAUCAAGCUAUAGCCUUUUCUGAUCCUUUGUCAUACUUCACAGAUUUAUCAUUUAGUGCUGCAUUGAAAGAGGAACAAAGAUUGGAUGGCAUGCUAUUGGACGACACAAUCUCUCCAUUUGGAACAGAUCCUCUGCUAUCUGCCACUUCCCCUGCAGUUUCCAAAGAGAGCAGUAGGAAAAGUAGCUUAAGCUCAGAUGAUGGUGAUGAAUUGUAAGAAAUAAACAGACUCAAUUCAUCAACUGGAAAGCAAUUCUACUCUGGUGCUAUGCAAUUAUGCUCUGUGUUUCAUAUGUUGCUUUGGCUUGUUUGUUUGUAUUUUUUUCCAAAAGGAAUGUGUUGUUCAUGAAAAACUGAUAGCAACAGAAGAAUUCACAGGAAGAAAAAUCAUGGUGUUAAUGAAUUAUUGAGAGCGAAAAAGAGGUGUUUUCUUCUUUGACUACAGAGUCCAAAUACACUUAAAUUCUGUUUUCUUGGAAAGACGUACAGCAUAAGAAGCAGCUCUUUACUGAUGUUUUAAAAGCAGCAACUUGGUGGUGUGCUACUGGAACUAAUGACUGCAAAGCGUAAAACGACUGAAAUAUAUAAAUCUUCUCUUAUUCACUUCCAUCUUCUCUUCAACUCUUACAGCAGACAUCAAGAAUCAAGAUCAACAUAUCAGGUGGUCAUUGCCUUUUACCAUUGUCUAGUGGACAUGUCUAAAGUUCAAGCUUUGUAGAAGAAAUAAUUAUAUAAUAGAUUAUCUUUCACUUGUGGUUGACAAGCAAAUCUAUAGUAAAUGUGAGAAUUUUCCACAAUAAAAUACAGAUAACUUAUAAAAACAUUGGUUACUAAAAUUAGAGCCUAAUUUCUUCAGUUGGUUCAGUUACACUAAUUCUACAAUAAUUCUAAAAGCAUCUAUGCAUAUUUAUGUCUCCAGGCUCUGUUGGGAAAAGAAACACAUUGAAUAUUUUCCUCAGGAGUAUGGACCAGAAUUGUAUCCCCUCACACAAACAUACAUCCACACAUAUGCACAUAAUUCAGGUAUAUGUUCUUCUAUUUUCUUCAUUCUUCCGACUGCAUUAAAAUCACAUUCUAAAUUUUAUUUUCUUCAUUAAGAAAAUAUAUCAGAUCAUCAAUUUCAGUCAAUAAAAUAUAAAAAGUCCCCUACAAGGACAGUUUUCAGAUGUUUAAAACUUUUCAUCAUGUCCAAUAUUGGAUAGAAAUCAAUUAGUUGUUGAUUCUGUUUUGUUCCAGAUGGAUAAAAUAUUGAAAAUUGAAUUGCCAAUUGACAAAAUAAUGAGUAAAACAGAAACUAUUUCUUAUUAUUUUCAGUUCAGAGAGGAGCAUAAGGUUCUAUUUCGUUUUUUUUCUAUUUCUAGUAGCACUUAGAGAGGCCUAUGAUCUUUGAUUACACUGUUAGCAUUUAUUAUAAGCACUUAUAUAUGUGAUGCCUCACUCAGAUUUUUAUCUCUUGUGCUUGUUUUAGGUUAGGGAAUUAAGUUACCAAGCACAUUGCUCUGUGCUGGACCUCCAUGAGUGAUCAUCCGAUAGAUGAGUAUUUAUGGAGGCAUACUCAGAACUGCAGUGGGUCCUGAGAAAAUGCAGAAGGGAUGAACAAGAUAUGGUGUUGCUCCUAAAGUAGCUAACAAGAAUGAAUGAAAAACAAAAGAUAGAAGACAUAGAAUAAAAAAGUCUAAGCAUAAGUUGUAAAUACAGAAGGUCAAAGAAAAUGAAAAUGAAUGACAAAGUUUGUGGGAACAGCAGAAUUUGACUUCUCUUUAAAGGCAUUAAUUGAGUGAAUGUGAGAGCAAAUAAAGGAAUAAUAUCAACCAAAUGAUGAAAGUGAGAAUAACUGGGGGAGUGUCUUUAUGGGACAUUCUCUGGAAAUAUCUGGAUACCCUAGAAGAUGCCCGUUGGGGAGUUCUGAAACAUAAGAUUGACAACAGGUUGUGAAGGCCCUUAAAAAUUAGGGUGAAAUAAUAUAGUAUUAAUAUAAUAGAAACACUUUUUUUUAGUAGGAGGGAGGACCCUAAAAAUUAAAAUAUAGAUUAGUAACUUGAGUGAGAUGUAAUCUUUCAUGAAGUUAAAGCUUUGGGAUAGAUUUUGAAAAGAUCUUUUAGUUAUUUCUCACAUGGAAAAUAUAUCAGUAUAAGAUUGAGACCCUAAAGCUCAUAAAAGUAGAGAAAUAGUAAAUUCUUACGACAUAAUAAUUAUCUCAGGCUUAGCUUACUUGCUCAGAUUUAGAAAAGUUAAAAUAAUUUUUAUUGUUUGGCAUGGAAAAAUAAUUACUAAUUUCUGGGUACAGCCAUUAAAGCCUGAUAGAUAAAUUCAUCUGAAAUAUGUCAUGUGAAACAGCUAUUAGAUAUAUAUUCUCAAUAAUUUUCAAGAAUACAUUACAUAUUUUUAAUUUUAUAACAAAAUUCCACUUUAUUAUCUGUGUUGAUAAUUUGAUUUACAUUAAAAAUUAUAGAGAAGGAAUAUAUUUGGAAUUCAUGGAAAACAUGUCAGUUUAUAAGAUAGAGACUGCUUCUGUUCUCAUUUUAUCUAUUAUUCUCAUUUCUUUAUAUUUUGAACAGACUUGCACUGAUGAUGUCAUUACUCAGUCACCAUUUUCCAUUCUGUUAAAGUACAACAGCUGGGCCCUGAAACCUAUCCUUCACAAUCUUGGCUGAUAUAAGGACUUGGCACAGGACGAUAGAGCCUAAACACAAGAGAUCUGGAGAGGGAACUAAUAUUUGCUGCUACAUUCAGAUUAUGAGAUGUCAGAAAACUGUAAAAUGGGUAAUGCAUUUUUAAAGAGAGUAAAGAGUUGUGCUAUGUCCCAGUCAACUGAAAUAGAUUAAACAUUAAUUAGAUGAUAGUUCUUAACUUUUUAAGGCAGAUUCCCUUGAGAAUCUAGUGAGUUAUAGACCCUCUCCCUAGAAAAGUAUAGAACUGUUUAUAUGGACAAUAAUUUGCAUGCAUUCAGAGAUCUUAGGGAUCUCCUGAAUGUUUUCUUGGAUCCCAAGUGAAAAAUUCCUGAAUCAGGUCUGUUAGGUGUGCAGGUAAUGUCAUGUAUAAUGAUGGGGUCCCCUACUUAUCUAAAUAUAGUUAUCACAUUCCUAAUAAUGAUGAGGUUGCAUAGGGAAGUAAAUGUGUACCAAAAAUUAGAUGAUUCACUAAAAAGUUGUUCAUUUAUAUAGUCAUUUUUCAAACAUGACCUGCCCACUCAACAAACUAUGCCUCAUCUUUAUUAUAUAGUUAUGGGUCAGUUUCACUAUAAUUACUGAAUAAUAUAAACAUCUGACCAUAACAUUUGAAAUGAUGCAAAUAAAUUUCAAAACAAAAAUAAUGUGAAUUUAAAAGCAAAUUAUUUGAAUAUAUAAGAAUCAAGAUAGUUCCUUAGAAAAAUUUAUGACUGUCUAGAAUAUGUUUUGCAGAAAUGAGAUUUUUCAUAAUAGUAAAAGAGGCAAAUUUUUUGUCAAACAAUGCUGUCACAAAAAGCAUCAACUGUAAUGGCACUGUUAAUACACAAUUAUCGAUUUGUUCAUUCAAUUAAUAUACAAUUAUCCAUUUUCAUUUAAAGAAUUAAUUCAUAAUUACAAUUAUAAAAAAAAACUUCCUUUACAGUAAGAUAAAAUAAUAGUAUUGCUUUUCAUUAUUUUUUCAAAAUAAUGUCCCAUCCAGUCAUUUUCUGUAUUAUUAAAUGUUGGCUGCUUUUUCAUAGAUUCACAUUAAAUAGCCUUUUCCAACUUCCAAUUAUCUUAAAAUAAUAAUGACCUCCUGUGAGGAGAUAUAGCUCUUUACAACUUUUUUUCUUUUAGUGCCUUUUCUUCUUGAACUUUUCCUAUAUCAAAUGGAGACUAUAUGUACAGAUAAUAUUUUCUCAGUUUAUAGGCAUAUCAGUGACCAUAGCUUUCUUUGUAUAGGUUUAAAAAAAGUUCUAAAUAAUAAAUAGUCAGAUGAGCUGGGGACAUUGAGAAAUAGCCUUUCUCUUCCUUUUUCAACUCAUUUUUCCCCACCUACAUGACUGUAAAUCAAAUAUUUAAUAGUUCUUAGUUUAAAAAAAAUAGAUACAAAGAAUGUCCUGAUUUGGUAUGCUCAUUUACCAUAAUGUCAAGAGAAAAGUUAGAUUUCAUAACUUUAAAAAGAAUAUAUUUUUAUUUUGUUUUGAAAGACUGAGUCAUACAGGAAUUUUCUUAUACUUCAAAGUAUCAUGAAAACACCUUUUUCCUGUUUGGAUGUUGUGGAAUUUAAACAUUUAAAUAAAUAAAUGGCAUAACUGAGUGUUCCAUGGUUUUUUUUUUUUUUUUUUUUUUUUUUUUUAACAAUGUCUUUGACCCCAUACAAACAUUUUAGGUAUUUACUGACCAUCUGAUAUGUAAGAUGUGGAUGAAAAUUGGAAUCAAUUAAUUAUUUCCUGUUUUAUCAGUGCAAGAUCAACCAUCUGGGUUUCUUAAAAACACCUGAAGGACUGCAUUUUGUUUCAGUAUUGAGAAUGGCAUAGUCUCUAUGUGCUAUAUGGAAUUACAUCAUUUGCGCCUCCAGUGUCCCAUAUGUGGAUAAGUAUGUCAGUUUGACUUAAUAUUUGUAUAUACAGAGAUUUCAUUACAUUUACCUAAUAAAUACUAAAUACACUUCAAGUGUUUCUGAUCUUAUAUUUUAUAUGACCCUCCUAUAGUUAUUAUUUGUAUGAAUUUUAAUUUGGAAACAAGGAAACAAUUCAAAAUCAGAAAAACAUAGCUUUUCUUAAAAUUUUCUGUGGUACAUUUUCCCUCUGAGGUCCAUAGAGAAUUUGAGUGUAUAGGAGAUUAUGAGAAAACAGCUGUUUUGAUUAAAAAAUAUAUCCCUCAAGAUUCAACCAACUUAAUGAUGAAAUACUAUUAUCUACUGCUUUAUACAUAAAAGGAAACUUUUUAUCUGCUUGUAAAGGGAUUUUUAUGUGUAUUUCUGCAUAAUCAGAUGAUUUCUAUUGUGUUUUCUACUGAUGAAAUUCUCCGUAAAAUGUAUUUUCCUUACAUUAUCCAGCAGGCAUAAAGAACAACAGUAAAAACUUUUGUGUUUGUAAUACUACUUCUUUUAUCCCUGCACUACUGUUUUAUUUCAAAAAUUCUAUAUUUUCAAUUUUAUUUUUUCCACAGAAAUAAAUUUGGUUUUGUGUUAAAGCUGGUAGUUUAUGUAACAAACGAAAUAUACAAAAGAAAGAAGGAACUGAUUUUGCUGAAUUAUAUAUAAUUAGGAAGUUACAUAUUGUUCUUUAAAUAUGAUACUGAAGUUUAAAAGCAAACUAAAUUUAAGAAUCUUAUCUAACAGCAUAGCAGUUGCUUAUGGCAUACAAGGCUAAAAUUAAUUCAGCUAUUUAAUCUUAAUAAUUAUAAUGUAGUUAAAUAUCUUUGACUUUAAUAGUGUUUUACAUAUGUGAAUAGCUGAAGUAACAUUCCCAUAAUUUUAAUCUAACAUUGGUUAGAUCAAGACAACAUUGUUAAUAUAACAAUACUGUAGAAUUUGUAAUUAUUGGUAUUUUUCAUUUUUAAUAACUAAUGUGUCUUAUUUUCUAAGAAAAUGGAGAACUUUGGUAUACUUUAAUACAUAAGUGAAUCUUAUAAAAAUACCUUAAAAUGUACCAAUAUUUUCUUUGCAUAUAUUAAAUGAAAGACUAUAAUUA